AUGUCCCGAACAAUAUCCAGAGCCAAAUAUCUCCGUCAGUUGUACCCUUACAAACCACCUUCGACAUCUAUCGAUCAUUUGGUGAUCGGCGGAGGAGCAGUGGGUUUAAGUGUAGCUGCAGGAUUGGUCAAUACUUCGGGGAGGGAUAAAAUUACGUUUUUGGUAGAGAGGAGAGGUCAAGUGAGUUUCACAUCCGUUCUCAAUCCGGCGUACCUUAAGGUUGGGGGCAGUUUAACUGAUAGCAUAGAAAAGCUAGGACAGGAAACUACAGCGAGGAACUCCGAGGUGAUUCAUUCCGGUAUAUAUUAUCCAUUAGGCAGUUUGAAAUCGAGAUUAUGUAUAAGAGGACGAGACAUGUUAUACGACCGAUGUAAAUCUUUAGGAAUAGGAUAUAAAAAUACAGGAAAGAUCGUAGUAGCCACCUCUUCUUCUCAGAUACCAUACCUUGAAAAGCUUCAGAAACACUCUCAGCACCCUUCCUUCCUUUCAAACCCUGAUGAUACCUCCUCUUCAAGUAUUCGUACGAAAUUCCUCUCAGGGGAAGAAGCGAGGGAAUUAGAACCUGAUUUAUCUACCUCGGUAUGUGGGGGAUUACUUAUACCUUCAACUGGGAUAGUAGACUCUCAAGGCUUGGUAGACUCCUUGGAAAGGGAGAUUGAAGAUGCAGAUUAUAACUCACCUUCUUCAUCAUCUACCAGUGGGGAAGACCGAGGAGAAGGAGUGAUAGUUUUGGGCACAAGAGUGGUACGAAUAGAUAAAGAAGAAAAGGGAAAUGGAUGGGUGGUGCAGCUAGAAACUAACUGGGAAGGUUUAGGGGAAGGUGGAAAAGGUGAUGUAGAAAGUGUCAGAACGGAUGUGUUGGUGAAUGCUGCUGGUCUAGGAGCGGUCAGCUUGACAGAUGGGGUUGUGGGUGAUGGACGGAUGAAGAUGUAUGCUAUCAAAGGCAACUACAUGUCGUAUAAGGGACCGGGCGUAGGCAAAGUAUCAAGAUUGAUAUACCCUUGUCCAAGUGCGAAUAUCGAUCAUCUCGGAACACAUCUGACAUUAGACCUUGAAGGGCAUAUCAAAUUCGGUCCAGAUGUUCAAAUCAUAGGAACAUGGGAAGAUUAUAUCUCCAAUCCGGAGUUUUGGGAAAAACACCUAUCCCCCUCGGAUUCGCCUGAAUUGAAAUCACAAUUCGCUCAGAGCGUAUUAGAUUAUCUACCGAAUAUCAAUCCUGAUAAUCUAUCGCCCGAUUAUUCAGGUAUAAGAUCUAAUAUCUCACCUCCCAAUGCUGGCUUUUCAGAUUUCUUGAUUAGGCAUGAUGAGUCGAGGAAAGGGUUUGUGGAAUUGUUGGGGUUCAACAGUCCUGGAUUGACUAGUAGUUUGGCUGUGGGCGAGUACGUGAGUGAGAUGAUAAACAAGGAUAUACAUGGUAGACAUAGUAACGUUGGGGAGGGGAGGGAGAAGAGGUUGAAUGAGCUGGCAAAAGGAUGGGAAGCAUAG